AUGGGGAGUGGUGCCUUCACCCUAGUCCUGGUGCUGGCCCUGUCAACGUGUGUCACCCCUGUGGAGAGAAAGUGCCAGCUCAGCGGGCUGUGGAGGAACGAACAGGACUCACUGAUGGAGAUUUCAGCACUGGCGGAUGAUGGAGGCUUCCAAGGCGAGUACCUCACUCGAGUGACCCUUGCUGGUGGCUGUACACGCAUCUCUCCCCUGAGGGGAGCCCAGCAGCAGCCCAGUGAGGUGGCAUGGCCCACCUUUGCCUUCACUGUAUGGUGGGACACAUUCUCCAAUGCCACCACUGCCUUUGCUGGGCAGUGCUUCGUGGAUGCAAGUGGCAGGGAGAUGCUGAGCACCAUGUGGCUGCUGCGUGAAGCUGUCGGGUCCCUGGAAGAGGACUGGAAAGCCACCAGGGUAGGCAGGAAUGUCUUCACGCGCAAACGCACCCCAAAAGGAAAGAUCUUGCACAGCUUGUCCCCAUCCUGUGAGGAUGCAGCUUUGCCUGUCCUGUGAUGGCACACUGCAGCCAGCCUCUCCUGGCUGAGCAUGAGCUCUCAGGGUGACCCCUUACACCCCACAGCUCACUUCUCACAGCCCCCCAAAAGUUCUGCAUGCCUCAAG